AUGGUACAUCUAUCAUUGACUCGAUAUGCAUCUAUUGGUUUUUUUGGUAUUGGUAAUAUGGGUAAACAUAUGGUAACACAUCUAAUUGCAGCUGAUCAUCGUGUAACACUUUUUGACACUAAUCCGCAAGCACUUGAUCAUUUUAAAGAACAAAAACAAGCUAAAAUAGCUUCUGUACCACAAGAGGCAAUAGCAAAUUCAGAAUUUAUUAUUUUAAUGUUACCUAAUGGUAAAAUUGUACGUGAUUUGUGUCAAUCAAAUAUUUUUCCUUCGGCUAAAAAAGGUACAUUUAUUAUUGAUUGUAGUACAAUUGACGCACGAACAUCUAAGGAAAUGGCAGAACUAGCUCGAAGUAAACAAUUAAGUUUUGUCGAUGCUCCUGUCACAGGUGCUACUAUUGCCGCUCAAAAAGGUACAUUAACAUUUUUGGUUGGUGGUCAACCAAAUGAUUUUAAAGCUGUAGAACCUAUUCUCGGUAACAUGGGCAAAAAUAUUGUCCAUGUUGGUGCAAAUGGUAGUGGUUUAGCAGUUAAAAUUUGUAACAAUCUUCUCGUAGCUAUUAGUAUGAUUGGUACUUCAGAAGCGAUGAAUCUCGGUAUCAAACUUGGUAUGAAUAAAGAUGUAUUAGCCAAAGUGAUCAAUUCUUCAAGUGGUCAAUGUUGGUCAAGCCAAACAUAUAAUCCGUGUCCUGACGUUAUUCCUAACGUACCAUCUAGUAACGACUAUAAUGGUGGUUUUGCUAGUGAACUGAUGGCUAAAGAUCUAUUAAUUGCUCUUGAUGCUGCAAAACAAGUUAAAGCUUUAACUCCACUAACGGAGAAAGCUACUGAACUCUAUAAUCAGCUUUGCUCAAAUGGACUGAAUAAAAAAGAUUUCAGUGUUAUCUUUAAAUAUCUCAAUGAACAAUGA